AACCAGAGGCAAUCAAGAUGAACAUUGCUAGAUCUCCUAGAACUUCCAAACCAUCUUUUCAAUCUUAUAGAAGUCUUCGUCCUGAUGACUUCCAGCAAGUAAAGAAGCAAAGCACUGGUUUGGUAGCUCCAAAUCAGGGUGACUCAAGUAUUAGCUAUAUUCUGGAGGAAUCUAUUGAUGAAGAAAAGCAAUGAGCUAGAAACCCCCAGCAACUCAAAAUUCACAAGAAAUAUAAUCGCAAGAGAAUUUCUAUUAUUGAUAGUGAUGUGCCUACUAAUAUGAGUAUUUACGGAAAUACUCAGGAGUCCGAAAAUAAAACUGUGGAGAAAUCACCGUUCAAUAUAAAAUGCUCAACGCUAAGCUCGGAGAAGGACAGCUCUCAAGAUGGGUGAGACGGUGAUAGUGUUACUCUUUUCAACGCUUUGAUGGACUCCCAGUCGUGAUUGUCAGGUACAAGAUUGAGUAUGAUUACUCCUGAAGAUAUAAGUAUUCUAAAGACACCCAAAGCGUCUCCUAAGAUCAUAACUCCAUUCAUGGGAAUGUUUAAAUAAAACUCUGAAAAAAUCUCAGAGACUGCAGAAGCAAAGGAUUGAUCAAUGAUCUCCCACCAAGAGCUACUUCACGCUGAGUAAUUGAACUCCUAGGGGGUUUACAAUCACUAAUACUGCCCCAGAUUUUCAGAUAAAGCUAUAAUAAUUUUAGCUAAUAAUUUGCAAGCUUUA